AUGCUUCUACCCGUAAUCAAGUCCCUGCGCGACUGCGGGGAGUACGCCCUCACCGUUGAGCCCUUCAUCCCGCAGCUCUACACGCUUCCGUCGCGUCUCCUCCAUGCGGGCAGCCUCGAUGGCCUUGCGCAGGUCUAUGUCGAGACGAACCCGCUCAUCACGGGCUUUGCGGUCUCCGUAGUCCUUGGUUUCGUGUUCCUCGUCGUCUCAGAGGUGAACAGAAACUACUCUCAGGUCGACCGCAUGUGGAGCAUUCUGCCAAACCUCUACAUCAUCCACCUGGCGACUUGGGCGCGCUUGGCUGGGCUGCCUCACAGCCGUAUCGAUCUUGUCGCUGCCUUUUCUACUUUGUGGAGCAUCCGUUUGACGUACAACUACUGGCGUAGAGGCGGCUACAACGUCGGAUCAGAGGACUACAGAUGGGAAAUCGUCAAGAGCAAGGUUCCGGCCUUUGUGUUCUUCCUCUUCAACGUGACGUUCAUCUCGUUCAUCCAGAGCGUGCUCCUGUUCGCCUUUUCCUGCGUGCCGGCCUACGCUAUCCUGCUCUCGACGCGGAUUGAGCCGAAUCUCACGGCUGCUGAUUUUGCGUACUUCUCUGUCGAGGUCGCUCUGGUCAUCAGCGAGUGGUUCAGCGACGGCCAACAGUGGGCCUACCAGACGGCCAAGCAUCAGUACCAAAAGGAUGCCAAGGUCCCCAGGGGCUGGAACCAGGCCGACCUCGAUCGUGGCUUCGUGACCUCGGGCCUCUGGGCCUUCAGCAGGCACCCCAACUUCUUCGCCGAGCAGAGCAUCUGGUUCGUCCUAUAUCAGUGGAGCUGCUUCGCCACGAAUUCGCUGUACAGCUACACCUUUGCCGGGUCUGCGGCUUUGAUCCUCCUCUUCCAAGGCUCGACUUGGCUUACCGAGCUCAUAACGGCUGGGAAAUACCCCGAGUAUCCAGAGUACCAGAGCCAGGUGGGCAUGUUCAUCCCGACUUCGCUGCGGGGAUACAGCCAACCGCCUGCCAAGACGCCAAAGAUAAUCAGGACGAGCGACUUGGCCAAGCGACAGCAGCAGAAGGAGGCGAAGAAGCAGAAGUAA